GAGAGGAGGGGUCGCAGAUUACAGAUGAACAGAUCUGUACAUUCCUGACCUGUCUAGCUAAACUAAACUGUCAACGACUAACACUGAAACAAAUCUUACCACUUUGUCACACGUCUGGAGUUUAAAAAAAUGUAGAGAAAUAUGAGAUACCUAAUGAUAUCGAAAUGAAAUAGAAUAUGGAUCACGAGGAAGAGUUUCUCAAUACGUUUUUCGUUCAAGUCGCUCAGUUGUGCACAGACAAAGCGAAAGAAUUAGUUUUUAAGGAAAAGGAACGUGGAUCAUGUCGACAGACACAAAUGGGCCCGUGGGGAAUGUUAUUAAUGCAUUUACCGCAAAUCGCAGUGGCCGAACACUCCUACGCAGAUUUGGGAUUCCUGCAUACAAAAAAUAAAGGAUUCCUAAGAAAAGACAAUUCGUUGAAAACUGUGUAUGAAACACUGAAAUCUGAUUUGAAACGAGUCGAGGAAAUGACUAGAGGCACGAUUCCCAUCGGUGCCACAGUCGCCGACGUCUCGAAUCAACUGUGCCAAUAUAUCACAGCGAAAAUACAGCUAAUAGAGUUUUAUGAGAGGAUGUACAAUAUGAGCGUGAACAAUAAGAUAAUGAAGUAUCAAGAAUUACUGCAGUCCAUUGAAGGAAUAACAGAGAUUCAUUCACUGUCCUGCUCGCAUUUAGCCCUAACUGCGAUCAAAGCAAGCUUAACUUUAGAAUGUGAGAUUCUGGUGCAGCUGACGAAGGCACAGGUGGAACUUCAACAUUGGAGGUUUUUAUCAACGUUGAUGGCCCUUUACGGUGCACAGACGCGAAUGUCUGCUUGGGAAAGGACUUUGCAAAGCAAGGAGUCAUGGAAAUUGGGAUUCAGUGCUUCUUUUUUAAAAGCAAAUCAACAGCCUGCGUUGUAUCAAUGUCAGCAGGCUAGUCCAGGAGAAAUGCGAAGUAUCAUGAGCAAACAGAACGUGGAUUAUUAUCACAAAAUACAAAGUUUUCAACGUAAACACGAUGUUAUAGCAGUGUUGAUGAUAUUCGACUCUCGAGGAGUAGAAGACGCAGGGCCGGGUUAUAAAUACCCUCGCAGAGAACCGAAUGCUUCCGGACACUUCCCGGUGGUCCUCUGCUGCCCCAGCGUAUUCGUACAAAAGCCGUCGGUUCAUUUAGAUAAUAUACAGAAACGGAUUAAAGAACGACACGCGGAACUCCUCGCCAUGGACAAAAUCGUCUACUGCAAAAACGUGAAAGAUGUAUACACAUACGCGAUGUAUAAUACCGAUCCUAAAAUGACUUUAAUCACAGUGUUUGAAAGCGGUAAGCAAAAAGACAAAGAAAGUCACGUUACGUCGUUCAUGACGGACUUGUGUAUGCAGAUUAGAUGCAACAAAGUGUACGAAUCACUGAGACUAUCUAAAUGAGAAAUGAUUAUGAGAUUGUUAAAUCGCCACCAAAGAUUUGAACGAAAAAUCAAACUGUUGUCGAACAAUAAAGUUUUUAUUCCUGUUCGUA